GUCACACGCAUCUCGCCAGGUAGGUACAGAAGUCCAUCGUGCAGAAUGAAAACAACUGUUGCGUAAACUUCAUUAAUUACACGGAAGCAGAUCGCACGUUUAAACGGAUUCACAUUUUGGAAGGAUCAUGGCAGAGAAACCUCAGCUGGUCAAUACUUCACCAGAGGACGUUGAGACUGAUGAGUGCAUGAGCACAUACACACACCUCUACAGCCCUGAGCUUCUCAUUGAUCAGGUGGCCUUUAUAACCGGUGGAGGGUCAGGUAUUGGGUUUCGAAUAGCAGAAGUUCUUAUGAGGCAUGGUUGUGACACGGUCAUUGCCAGCAGAAAUCUGGAGAAACUCACUGAGGCUGCAAAAAAGUUAACCAGCACUACAGGCAGACAGUGUUUGCCAAUUGCCAUGGAUGUGCGUCAUCCAGAGACAAUUUCUACUGCACUGGAUGAAGCCUUGAAGACAUUUGGACGUGUUGACAUACUCAUUAACAAUGCUGCAGGUAAUUUCUUGUGUCCAGCUACAUCAUUAUCAUUUAACGCUUUCAAGACAGUAAUGGAGAUUGACACUAUGGGAACUUUCAACACCAGUAAAGUCAUCUAUGACAAAUGGUUCAAGGAUCAUGGCGGCUCCAUUGUUAACAUUUCCGCCACACUGGGAUACAGAGGUCAGGCUCUCCAGGUGCAUGCUGGGUCAGCGAAGGCGGCAAAUGAUGCCAUGACGAGGCACUUGGCGGUCGAGUGGGGCCCCUGCGGUGUGAGGGUGAACACAGUGGCUCCGGGGCCCAUCUCUGGUACAGAGGGAUACCGUAGACUGGGUGGCUCACAUUCCGAGUCAGCGGGGGUUUUCCGCAGCAUUCCGCUGCAAAGAGCCGGCAAUAAGACGGAGAUCGCACAUGCAGUUCUUUUCCUGGCCAGUCGCGCAUCUUCAUACGUCACCGGCGCUAUACUGGUCGCAGAUGGAGGGGCGUGGCUUACCUCAGCCAAUGACGUGGAGCGGCUGCUGGGUAUUAUCUCAUCUCGCUCUGCUAAACUAUGAACAGACAGCACUGCACACAGGUUUUUGGUCUGCAGAGAAAAGAAAGGAUAAAUAGAAUGAAUGUAGAGGAUGAAAUCAACAGCAAUGAACCAGCUGAUCGUGCCAACACCUGUAUGAUAAUUGUUGAAUUUUACAAAAACAUCCAUAUUGUUUUUCUACAUUAAAUUAACUAAAAAAUAAAGAAAUUAUGUUUUGUGUUAAAAAAAAAUUAAGCAUAAUUUUAGGUCUUUUAUAAAUAAACCUAUUACUCCCAAAUUCA